GCUGCUCAGGCUGAGGGCACAGACAAAACAACAACUCUUGGAAUAUAAAUCAAUGGUUGAUGCAAAUGAAGAAAAAACUCCAGAAGAAAUCAUUCCAGAAAAGCAAAUUGAAACUAAAAUUGAAGACCUGGAAAAUGAAAUUGAAGAGGUGAAAAUUGCUUUUGAAAUGAAAAAGCUUGCAUUGGACAGGAUGCAACUUUCAAGGGCACUUAGAAAAAACCUGGAGGAGAGUAACAUUCAGACUAGUGAGCUCAUGGACAACAUGAAACACAUAUUAAAGCUAAAUAAAAUAAUAAUGAAAUUACAGCAGGAAUCUUGGGAUUUGGAGGAAAAACUGCUCAAUGUUAAAAAGAAGAGAUUUGAAUUAAAACGAGCUUCAGAAAGUAAAUUUUUAGAAAUACAGACUGAAAAGAACAAAGAGAAAGAUGCUUUGACCAGUAUGGAAAAUUCAGACAAGAUAAAGACCUUGCAACAAAAGCUACAGAAGGAGAUACAAAUUACUACAGUUAUUCAACAUGUCUUCCAGAACCUCAUUUUGGGGAGUAAAGUCAAUUGGGCAGAGGAUUCUGCCUUUAAGGAAACUGUUCUGCAGCUUGAGAAGAAUCUCACCAUGAUCUGAUAAGAAUUCUGUUUUGGCAUACUUGUUUCUGUCUUUGAUGUCAUUUAAAUAGUAAAUUUCAGGUGAAAUGUGU